UUUAUUCUCAAUGAUGCCUCAAUAAUCAUCUUUUUAAUCACUUUUUGACAAUAUAACUGGAUAAAUAAAUAGAGGAGAAGGUUAAAGUGCUUUAGUUGAAAUAGAUAGAUAAUUGAAAAAGCCUAAAUUUAACUAAGCAGAAAAAAAAAAAUUACAAUUAUUGAAAGCAUUAAUCUUAAUAAAGCUUGGAGCUUUAGGUGAAGCAAUUAAAAUUUUAAAUGAAAAUUUAAAUGAAGUAGAUUCAGAGAUUAUUUAAUUCCAUUUUGAUUUAUGUAAAGAUCUAAAUAUAAUGGAUAUUUAUUUUGAUAAAUUUAAACCACAAACCCCUGAAUAGAUAAAAGAAUAUUAUUUUCAAUUAAUCUAAGCUCAUCGAUUUUAGGAUGCAUCAUAGAAUUCUCUAAAAUUUUACAAUUAGGAAGGAAAAAAAAAUCAAGAACUUUUAAUGGAGUUUAUAGUUUUGUAAAGUUAAAAGGAGGAUAUGGGUGGGAAAAUUACUGAAAUGUUUCUUGAUACAGUAGCUAAAAAUAUUAAAUUAGAGAAGUAUUGAUAAUAAAUUAUAUAGCAAUUUGGAACUUUGUAAUAAUAAAGAAUUAGGAACUUAGUUGAUAAAAUUUUAAUUGAAAUAUUACUAAAAUUAAAAAAACAAAAAUGUACAAAAAGUUUAAUAAAUUCUCGACAAUUAUGGUCUCUUAUUUAUUGAAUAUUAAUAUAAUGCAGCCAUUUCUUUAUGGAUUUAUUAAAAUAAUCCUACUGGUAUAAUUAAUUUUAAUUUUAGAUUUCACAUACGAAUAAACACUAAAAUACCAUUAUUAAGUUUAUAACUCAUUAGCUACAGAGUAAAUACUAAUUAAUUUUGAAUGUUAAGAACAAAUUGUAUUAGCCUUUUAUACUGAGACAUUUUAAUUAGAAAUUGAAUAGAUAGAAAUACCAUUUUAAAUUGUUCCAAAAGAUAAAUUAUUAAGUCAUAUUUACAAUAGUUGUUAAUUAUUAUUAAAAUCAAUAAAAAAUAGUUUAGCAUUAAAGUAACUUAUAUUAAUUUCAUUAAAAAUAUUAAACUUAUCUUAAAAUUCAAAUGUUGAAGAAACAUUAAGAUUAGUUGAACUAUUCUUUAAAUGUUAAGGAGAUAAAUAUACCUUUUGUGCAGAAUUAUUUAAAGCAAUUCCUAAAUUGAAACUACAUCAAGAAAUUUAUAAUAUUAUUUAAAAUGUAAAAACACAAUCUUAAUCUAAAGAAGCCUAAACUAUUGCUCACAUAAAUUUGAAAAAGUUGGAGAUUUAUAUUUCACAAGAACCAACAAAAUAUCUUGAUGAAUUAAUUUAAUUGUAUUCAUCAUAUGCUGUACCAGAAAAAGUAGAAAAAGGAGAUAGAUUAUUAUAAGAUGAAUAUUUAAUGAUUGCAAUUGACAUUCUUUAUGAUGUCAAUGAUUUUAAAAAAAUGAUAAAGAGUUUAGAAUUAAUUGACAUAGGAUUGAAAAAUUCUCCAUAUAAUUUUGAUUUUUUGUUUAGACAAAUAAUUAUAUUAUGUGAAUUAGGAUUAUUAGAAUAAGCAAUUGAAUCAUUAACAAGAUUAGAUAUAAAAGGAGUGUAAUUUGAAACUUUAGGGAUGACUUAUGCAAAAGCAUUCCUUGAAUUUGGAAAUAAUUCAGAUUAGGUUGAAAUAAAAAAUUAAUAAGCAUUACUAUUUUAUUUAGAUAAUGUUAGAGAAUCUAAAAAAAAUUUAUUAACAUCAUUAAAAAUGAUGAAUUAUGUACCUUUUGAGUCAUUUUAUCAAUUUGAAAAGUGGAUAUCAAAUUCUUAUGUGAAAUUAAUUUAUUAUUUUGUUUAAUGCAAUUUAUUCAAUAAUGAAAAACAAAAACAAUAAUGCAAUUUGGAGUAUUUUUGCCAGCAAAUAUAAAAUAAGCUUAAAACUCCUUCAACAUUUUCAAUUUAAGAAACUCACUUUUAGAGCUAUUUUAUAAGAGAAUUUCAUAAUAAUAAGUUAAAAUAUGAUAAUUAUAUUGGAAUUUAUUAAAGUUAAACACAGUUACUUUUAGAAACUCUAUUUUUAUGUGUAAAUAAGAUUUUUAUUCUAUUUAGUAUAAUAAUAGUAUUUAAGAAUUAAAAAAUGAUAUUUAAGAAGUGUAAAAUGUUCUGAAUGUAUAUAAAAAUAUUGUAAAUAUCCAAUAAAAUUACAAAGAGUUUGAGCUAAGUUACAGAAAUUAAUUGCCAAAUUAGCCUUUACCAAUUAAAUAUUUAAUUGAUUACAAAGAGUAAUCUUAUAAAUGGAUAUGAUUAGGUUCAUAAACUAUGAAAGGGAACUUCGACUUUCAAUUGGAAGAUUUUACAUAACAUUAUUUAAACCUCAAAAUGAUAUUCCAACAAAUGAUUAUUAAGUGGAUCUUUCAAAAAUUUAAGAUAUUACUAAAAUCAUACAAAAGGUAAUAAAUAAUGAUGAAAUCCCAUCAAAUUCUAUUAGAAUUCUUAAUCGCUUUUAUAAGCAUACCUUUCCUGUUUUGAUAAUUCUUAUAAAACAAUCAGAUGAAAUAAAAAAAAAGAUAUUUUCUCUUCAAAAAAAGGCUUAGGGUGAGACGAAAAAUAAUUUAGAGAAAGCACAUAAAUAAAUAGCUUAGACUUUAAAUACAUUCAGAGAAGAAUUGGUUAAAUUUAGCAAUAAUUGGCUACUUCAUUUAAAGAAUGAGCUACAAAAAUAAAUAAAAGAAUAAUUAAAGUAUUGAUUUCGGAUAUCUAUUUAGUAAAGGGAUAAAAAAUUUAUAGAUGAUUGAAACUUUAGAUUCUAAUUUUCAGUUCUAAGCUUCAUAUACAUAAACACUAAUUGAAGAAAAGUUAAAACAACUGAGAUGA